GUGGAACCCCGUUAUUACGUUCCCCCUUUAUUACGUUAGUCCGCAUAUUACGUUGGAAUUUCAAAGCACAAAACCAUUUCUUAACAAACCUAUAUAAAAUAGACCUCGUUAUUACGUUGUCCUAAAAUGCCGGGACUCGGUAUUACGUUGUAAAAAUUCCGACAAAAACGUAAUAAACCCCUAAUUAUUCAAUAGUGAUUCUCAAAAUAAUAAGCCAUUCACACCUUGACUGCCUGAGGCAGUCACCACCUAAAUUUCCUGGUCUGUUUGGGGAUUAGAGACGCUUGACUGAUCACGCUUCGAUAGAUCUAGCGACAUCAAUACAGGUGAAUACCCCGUAUAGAAGCCAGUGAUAAACAAUUAAAUAAUGUUUAUUUAGAAAUUGUACUCUAUGAAAUUUACUUCAUUUUUCAUAUUUUGAUAAUCAAAGAAAUAAUUUCUCAACCGCCUGCGUGUUCAGCUCAGCAUAGUGUGAUUACCUUCGAUAUUAAAACUCUAUUCACGGAAAGCUUUGGUACCAAACAAGAAAGACAAGAUUUAUCGUAGCAAUGUUACAACCGCUUGGGUAACUGCUUGGACAUAGGUGAUUAAAGGUGUUCAAUUAAAAAAAUUGUUCGUUGUUUCGACAUGAAGCUUGGGUGUUCGUAAAUCUCGUCCAUACAUACACCAAUCUAUCGGCCGAUUCGUGCACAGCAUUUACCUCGGUGAAUAUUUAAAAUCCCUUGAUGCGCACGUGAUUUUAGUGCCAUCAUUUAGCGUUAUAAAUGAAAUCUUCGUGCAUCAUUAUUUUUUUUUUAUGUGGAUUGCGCUUAAAUUGUUCUCCGUGUUUAUCGUUGGUGAGAAGUGUGUAAGUGUUGGGUAUCGUGUGCGUUUUGUGUCUAUAGUUUUGUUGUUUUUUUGGGCGGGAUUUUUUUUAUUGUGUUGUGUAUUGUGUAAUUAGAGAACUUAAUAAAAACGAUGUUUUGUUAUUUUUUAAAUACGAAUGUUGAAUACGAACCGGAACGAGUUAUUGAGAGAAAUUUACAUGAACGCAUUGUUUUAAAGUUGAACAAAAUGGCGGUCCAAACGAAUGCAGGAAAAGCAACGUUUAUCAAAACAUCCUUAUGUAUCCUACACCGAAAUAAAGAAAAGGGAUAAGAACAUGAAGAAUUACGGACAUUAAAGAUAAGAUGUUCAAGAUGACAUCCGAACUUUACGAGAACAGAUAGCAAACAACAAAGGGGGGACAAUUAGCAUUCAGGACUUGGAGUCGGCUCUCGUUAAAACUGAGGAGGGACUUCAGGCCAAAACAGAAAAGGUGAUUAGUCAGUACAAUAACCAGGUCAGGACGUUACCCAACCAGGAGGCCAACCGAUUCGACAACAAUGUGGUUGCUAUUGAGACAACGUGGGACAUGCGAAGUCAGAAGAGUGCAGACCCUCGCAAGAUAUCAGCUCAUUUCUUGGGAAGAGAGAGGGUCAGACAGCCACAAGGAUCUCGUAGUAAUGCCCUACUACCAAAGCGACAGGCUGUCCAGAUGCCCGGACCCACACCGGGCCAGCAGACCAAGCACAUGCUAACCUUGAGGGCUGUCCUUGACCCUUACAGUAACAUGAACCGACAGGCUUUGAACAACAAUUUUGGGAUCCAGCUUCCCUUGAUUAACACCAAACAACCACAUAAGCCUGCCUACAGCAAACCGAUCAUCGGCAGUACAAUAGAACCGCUGGCUGUCCUACCCAAAGCCAACAGAGUGGAUGCCCAGCUUGCUCCACCCCCAAUCUCAGAAGACGAUGCCAAGAAGGGAAUUAUGAGUUUGAUAGAGAGGGGCCUAAUCCCCCCCGCAGCUCAGCUGACACUGGAUCCCUCCCCGGUCAGAAAUAGGAUUGCCCCACUACACGAGCCUCAAGUCAAACACAAGCCCCCGCAGACAGAGGCAGUGUCACUUUUAUCUGGAGUCAAACUUGACCCGGCUACUAUGAAGAAUGAUGUUAAAAAAAUGCCUGCAGUUCCGCCUCACCCCAAAUCUGCAUCCAGCAGUAUUACAGAAACCAGAACACCAUCAGCUAAAACUCGGGCCACUUCCUCUUCAAUGCGACAGGUCAAAACCCCAGCAACAUUGAAAACCUAUGAGAUGCCAAUACAGCCUCUGGACCCAUAUUAUGGGCCUGACCAAAAGGAGCCCCCACCCACCACCCCUGCCAGUGGGGAUUUUAAACAACUGUCUCAUAGAUUUGCCAUUCAGAAUGGGCGCACAAGAGAUAGCUCCUCAGAAUUCAUUGCAUUCAAGCAGCACUACUGCCUAACUUGGGGAAGCAUUGUAACUAUGAUUAAACACCUAGAAAGGAUGCUGUCCAGUUAUGUUGUUCCAGUAGCAUUUGUCAAUGGAGACAGAUUGGCAGACCUUGCUAUGGAGUUUGAGUUGGAGAGACCGCCCAGUAUAGACGACAUGUUAACUGUCAUCAUUAACAGGGAGGAUGUAGAGGCCCUUAUUGGCAGACCUGGCAGGAGAUUCAAAGGUCCACGAGGAAAAGAUUUAGCUGCUACAAGAAUCCAGUCCUCAUGGAAAAUGUUCCGAGAUCGUUCCGAGUAUCUCGAGUACAGGAAGAGGAAGUGGGCCUCAGGUGUCAUAGCAAUAUCAUGGAUUAUGCAUGUCAAGAUGUCAAAGGUCAAGGUCAAACUAAAGCAGUCCAGAGAGGAGCAUCUAGAAAACUUUAGGAGAAGAGCUAGGAAACUGGCAAUGUCUUGGGAUCGAAUAAAGCAACACCGUAGGACUGUCAUACAUAUUCCAUCGUUAGGCCUCUCUCAGGAGAUCAGGGAUGAUAUCAAUGAAUUUGGAAUCAGGCAGAACACCCAGAUGGCCCGACUUUGUGAUAUCAGAGAUCCCAAUGUGGAUGUGAUCUUUGUGUCCCCUGUGCCGCUGAGUGAAGAGACGUUACAAUAUUAUUCCAAACUUCUGGGUCUGAAGUCGGCUGUGGACUCCGGAGUGGUGGAAGAUCAAUGUGAUAUGGGAGAGAAAUACAAAAUAAUUGUCCCAGAGGCCAUUAAAAGCUUUCCUGCCCACAGAAUGUGUCUAUCAACCUUACUGAAAUACAGUCCCCGGACAAUGAAGCGUAUACAACACUUGAUUAAGGGCUGUGAUGCCUACGUGGUGACGGGGGUACCACACAAAGACGACCUCUCGGUGGCAGACUAUCUGGAUGUUCCCAUUUUGUCACCUGAGCCAGAGGUAGCACACCUAUAUUCCACCAAGUCAGGCUGUAAGAGGAUAUUUGCCAGUGCUAAUGUGGAGGUUCCUCCGAGUGAAUUUGAUGUUUACACCAUCGGACAGCUCCAUGAAUGUCUAGCUCAGUUGGUAACAGAAAACUUGACAGUGAAGCGAUGGCUGUUCAAGCUGGAUGACGGGUAUGACGGGCGGGGGAUAGGGUACUGUGACAUAGCAGACCACUUAGAGUGCUACCAGUGGGCAUUGAAGGAAUCAAAGAGAUAUGGAGAGAAGUGGAGCAAAAAGUGGGCCCAAGAGGCGGCCUACAUCAAGAUUCAUGCAGAAAUCCCUGAUGUUUUAGCAAAGUAUGCCCGGCCUGUACAUUCAGAACUGUACGAGGAUUGGUCCAAGUUCCUAGAUGCAUUUCUUAGUCAGGGUGGUGUAAUUGAGGCUACUCCUCCCUCAGAAAGUAUCACAACACUAACAGUAGACAUGAUGAUAGAACCCACAGGAAGGGCCAAUGUCCUGUGUGUGGGGGACCAGAUUCAUGCAGAGACCCCCUUUUCCUGCUGGGGUGUGUCUAUGCCCCAAUCCUCAGUGGAACCAGAUGUCCUUAACGUAGCCUGCAAAAAAGUGUCCGAGGCCUGCAAGUCACGAGGCAUCAUAGGUUAUAUGUCCGUAGACUUCGUCACAUUUAUUGACCCCAAAUCCAACGAUCAGAUAUUAUGGGCUUUGGAUCUCAGUCUCCACUAUAGCGAUAGCUUAGCAAUGUUCCAGUUAAUGUCUUAUGUCAGCAAUGGCAAAUUAGACUUAAAGACUCACACAUUCAAUGUACCCCCACCCAAACAAGAACAGAAGAAGCGCCGCCGCCGGUUAGCGGGUCAGGAAGAUGAACAGCCACCCAACACAAGUCGAUACGCGGUGAUGAGCACACAGCUUCUACACACCAAUCUUGCAGUGGUCCAUUAUAGCGUCUUCUUCCAAAUGUGCCGUGCCCAUGGAAUUGGUUAUGAUAUCAAGGAAAAACAAGGAACAGUAUUCACACUCUUAGAUAGUUUCAACAGAGAGCAUUUGGGAAUGUUAACAAUUGGGGAUAAUCUACCAGGAGCAUUAGCCACGUUUGCCAGAAACAUGUCUGUUAUUCACCAAGAGAUAUCAGCACCCAAUAUGCAGGGAGAAACUAAUUUCAAGCUUGCAAUAAAAGACAUAGAGAGCAUACUUGGAACAACUGUAGAAAAUGCAGAAGAUAACGAAGGUUAAAUGGACAGAGUAUAAUACUGCUCAGCUUACAUCAGCGAGGACAUGAUCUGCCAAUACACCCCCCCCCCCCCCCCCCCCCCCCCCCCCCCCCCCCCCCCCCCCCCCCCCAGUGUUUAUUCAAACAAAUGCUUUAAUAUGUUCUUUGUGAUGCAAUCAUUUAUCUGUAGGUGUGUAUAAUCUUUGUAAAUACAUGCAUUGUUGAAAACUUGUUUAUAAUCUAUGCACUUCUUGUAUGUAUUUCUAUAUGUAAACUUUCAAUUAUAAUUCUGUUGAUACAGAAACGUCGGAGCUUAUAUACGCUGAUUUGUAAGGGACGAAUUACAAGCAUUAAGAGUAAUUUUCUGAUGAUUGAAAGUCCUUUGCAUCUGCAGUUUUGCGAGUCCUGUACAGUAUUUUAUUAGUCUCAGAUUAACACAAAUGUCCCUUUAAUUAAUUUUUCUGUCCGUCCAUGAUUUGGUGCUGUUAAAUCAGAUUUCUUGUGUUUUGUUAGACAGAAUUUUCCUGUUGAAUUGUCUCAGAUUUGACUUUUUAUGUUGCAUUUAGAGAAACAUGUCUCUACUUUGGGCCAGUGGUACCAGUCACAUGUUUCUGUAUAAUAAUAUAUUGUAAAUGUUGCAAUAACUUUAACAGUGGGCUGUGAUAUUUAUGUUCUUAGUGUAUAUUUGUGUUUUGAUUAUUCAUGUGUGUUUAGUCUUACCAAAUACAGGGUCCCAACAAUGUAAAAAGAGCGAUUUUAAUAAAAUGUCACUGUCAGAAUUUCAUAUUUUUUUUUAACUAUACUGAAAUCCACCUUUAACACUAUUCAUUAUCAAUAGUCCUCAUGUAUGGAUAUAUGAAAAUACAUGUAUUUAUUUUUUAAUAUCGAUUCACUUGAAUUAUGUAUUAAUAAUGCACUGUUUUGAAAACAUGAAGAAUUUUGAAUGAAGUUGAAUUUAAGGCAGAUAAGAAUGAUUGUUAAAUGUGUCUUAUUCAUUGUAUUGUUAAUGAUCUGUACUUAUAAUAAAGUUAAAAUAACUUAA